AUGGCCCUAGCAGACGUCGAUGUGGAGAUCGGGGGACUGCCGGCGGAGCACCGUCUGCGGAUCAUCGGCGACGGUUCCGUCGACGACGACGGCAAGCCCAAGAGAAUGGGAACGGUAUGGACGGCGAGCGCGCACAUCAUAACGGCGGUGAUCGGCUCCGGCGUGCUGUCCCUGCCCUGGUCCAUGGCGCAGCUCGGCUGGGUCGCCGGGCCGUCCACGCUCGUUGUCUUCGCCGGCGUCACGUACUACACCUCCGUGCUCCUCACCGACUGCUACCGCAGCGGCGACGCCGUCGCCGGGAAGAGGAACUACACCUACAUGGAGGCCGUCGAGUCCUACCUAGGCAGCGGCCAAGUGUGGUUCUGCGGCCUCUGCCAGUACGUCAACCUCGUCGGAACCGCAAUCGGGUACACCAUCACGGCGUCGACCAGCGCCGCCGCUCUGUACAAGGCCAACUGCUUCCACAAGGGCGGCCACUCUGCCGACUGCGGCGUGUACACCACCAUGUACAUGGUCGUGUUCGGGGUCUCCCAGGUCGUCUUCUCCCAGCUCCCCAACCUCCAUGAGAUGGCGUGGCUGUCCAUCCUGGCCGCGGUCAUGUCCUUUUCCUACUCCACGAUCGGCGUUGGCCUCUCCUUGGCGCAGACCAUAUCAGGCCCUACGGGCAAGACGACCAUGGGUGGCACUGCCAUUGGGGUAGACGUGGCAAGUUCGGCCCAGAAGAUAUGGCUGACACUGCAGGCGCUCGGCAACAUCGCGUUCGCCUACUCGUACUCCAUGGUCCUUAUAGAAAUCCAGGACACGGUGAGGGCGCCUCCGGCCGAGAACAAGACGAUGAGGAAGGCGAACCUCAUGGGGGUCUCCACCACCACGGCCUUCUACAUGCUCUGCGGCUGCCUCGGCUACGCCGCCUUCGGCAACGCCGCGCCCGGGAACAUGCUCACCGGCUUCGGCUUCUACGAGCCCUUCUGGCUCAUCGACUUCGCCAACGUCUGCAUCGUCGUGCACCUCGUCGGCGCCUAUCAGGUCUACUGCCAGCCCAUCUACGCCGCCGUGGAGAGCUGGGCCGCGGCGCGGUGGCCGGGCUCGGACUUCGUCGUCCGCCAGUACCAUCCCUUCGGCGCCGACAGGUUCGGCGUCAACAUGUUCAGGAUGGUGGGGAGGACGGCGUUCGUCGUGGUCAGCACGGUGCUCGCCAUCUUGCUGCCCUUCUUCAACGACAUCCUUGGGCUCCUCGGCGCGCUCGGGUUCUGGCCGCUCACCGUCUACUUCCCUGUCGAGAUGUACAUCCGGCAGAGCAAAGUGAAGAGGUCCUCGUGGAAGUGGGUGGCGCUACAGAGCCUGAGUUUCGUGUGCUUCGCGGUGACGGUGGGUGUGACCGUGGCGUCCGUGCAGGGAAUCACCCAAUCGCUCAAAAACUAUGUGCCGUUCAAGACCAGGUUGUGA